AUGGCUCCUCAAAUCGCAUGGAUUGGCCUCGGCAACAUGGGCCGUGGCAUGGUGAAGAACUUGGUCGAGAAGGGAAACCUCUCUAAUCCUAUCAUUGUGUUCAACCGUACCACAACUCGUUCCGAGCAGCUCGCUUCGAGCCUGGGAUCUGACAAGGUCAAGGUUGUCACGAGUAUCGAAGAGGCAGUCAAUGCUUCAGACAUCAUCUUCACUUGUGUAGGAGACGACAAAGCAAUUGAAGAAACCAUCAACUCUGCUCUCAAGGGUAAUGCAAAGGGCAAGUUGUUUGUGGAUUGCUCAACCGUCCAUCCCGAUACAACAGACAAGCUCGCAAAGACUAUCAUUGACAAGGGUGCCGAGUUUGUGGCAUGUCCUGUAUUCGGAGCCCCUGCUAUGGCAGACGCAGGGCAGCUUGUUUGCGUGCUUGCUGGCCCUGCCGAUGCUGUCGACAAGGUCAAGCCUUACACUACUGGUGUCAUGGGUCGCGCUGUCAUUGACUACUCUGGCGAACCCCACGGCUCUGCCACACGGCUGAAGAUCAUUGGAAACACUUUCAUCCUCAACAUGGUUGAGACUCUCUCAGAAGGCCACACUCUUGCCGAGAAGUCUGGUCUGGGAAGCGACAGGCUGCACCAGUUCAUCGAGACAAUGUUCCCCGGUCCUUACACUGCUUACAGCAACCGCCUUCGCCAGGGUGACUACUACAAGCGUGAGGAGCCGCUGUUUGCCGUCGACCUUGCGAGGAAGGAUGCUGGUCACGCAUUGGCUCUCGCCAAAACUCACGGUGUUAGUAUGAAGGAUGUCGAGGUUGCCGAUAAGCAUUUGGCCCAGGUACAGAAGCACAUGGGUGCCAGAGGUGACAUUGCUGGAAUUUAUGGAGCUGUUAGACAAGAAGCCGACCUCAAGUUUGAGAACUAA